UCUCUGACCCAGCCCGGCUGUACGUGCUAAGCCCACACCCGCCAGCAAACCGCUGCACGAGCCGCGAGUGCACCUGGACGCGCGCAAGAGCUCGACAGCAUGAACGGUGACGGCUAUUCUCGAGACGGAGGGCGCUCAGGCGGAGGCCGAGACUACUCCUCGAGGGAUGACCAUCGCGACCGCCGGGGCGACAGAGGCGACCGCGGCGACCGCGGCGAUAGAGGCGACCGCGGAGGCGACCGUGGAGGCGACCGCGAUGACAGGCGCCGCCGCCGCUCGCGCUCGCCGCGCCACAGCUCGCGCCGCGACUACGAGGUAGACACGUACUCGUCGAGCCGCGACUACCGCGAGCGCGAGCGCGAAACCACAUACGCCCGCCGCGAGCGCCGUGACGACCGCAAUUGGGGCGAUUCGUAUGCUCGCCGCGACCGCCCGCGACACGACCGCGACGACGACCGCGGACACGGCCGCCGAGACAGGAACGACCGAGAGUUUGAAGACCGUGGACGUGGAGGCGGAGGCGGACGACGUGGUGGUGGUGGAGGUGGUGGUGACGGCGGUUUUGGCGGUGGUGGGCGUGACAGGAGGCAGAAGUCGGCAUCCCCUCCGUACAAGAAGCGCGAACCGACGCCCGACCUGACCAGCUUCGUGUCCAUCCUGAACCACCCGCGCCGCAUGACCCAGUGGGACAUCAAGCCCGCAGGCUACGACAACAUCACGGCCGAGCAGGCCAAGCUCUCGGGCCAGUUCCCGCUGCCCGGUGCCCCUCGCGCUGCUCCCAUGGACCCGUCCAAGCUCGCUGCUUUCGCGAACCCGGAAACUGGCACAGCUUCCACUUCAGGCUUGUUGCCGUCCAACUCCCUGCAAGCCCGACGUCUGUUCAUCUACAACAUCCCGCAAGAGGUCACAAACGACGACAUUGUCGAAUUCUGGAAUCUGCAGCUGAACGGUCUCAACGUCGUGUCAGGCCGCGAUCCAUGUGUCAGCGCACAGCUUGCCACCAGCCGCGCCUACGCUGCCAUUACCUUCAAGACCGCCGAAGACGCGACCGUGGCCCUGGCUAUGGACAACAUUUCCAUGCGUGAUGGCGAUCAAGUCGGCCUUUCAAUUCGACGUCCCAAGGACUACAUCACCCCCGUCGCCGACGGCACUGCCACCACCGGUGAUACAGUCUCCUCGCACGUCGCAGACAGCCCCAACAAACUCAGCAUCACUAACAUUCCUACGUAUGUGGACGAGGAGCAGGUGCGUGAGCUCGUCGAGACCUUUGGCGCACUCAAGGCCUUCGUGCUGGUCAAGGACACUAGCACCGAGCAGCAUCGCGGCAUUGCCUUCUGCGAGUAUGUAGACCCUGAGAUUGUAGAGCACGUCAUUGAAGGCUUGAACUCCAUCCCUCUCGGCGAAGGAACCCUCAAGGUCACCCGCGCCACCAUCGGUCUGCAGCAGCAAAUCGCCAUUGACGGCGGCGUGGGCGCUAUCUCGAUGCUUGCCGGCGCCACUGCUGCCGAUACCCGCGAGAGGAGCCGUGUCAUCUGCUUGAUGAACAUGGUGACUCCCGACGAGCUUCUCAACGACGACGAAUACGACGAAAUCAAGGAAGACAUCGAAGAAGAGUGCUCGAAAUACGGCGCCAUCCUCGAAGUCAAGAUCCCCCGCCCCGCAGGCGUCCGCUCAAGCGCCGGCGUCGGUAAAAUCUACAUCAAAUACGAAGACGCCGACAAGGCGCAGACGGCCAUCAAGAGUCUCGCCGGAAGGCAGUUUUCCCGGAGAACGGUUUUGGCAACCGAGUUCUCGGAGGAAGGCUUCGACGUGGAGGCGUGGUAGACUGCUUCUGCGUGUUUCAUGCCCCUACCGCUCGUGCCUCUGCGUUUCCUCACUGGAUUUGGGCGGUGCUUGCUUGGUGCCAGCAAUUGAAGUUUGGGUGGGGUGGUUCGUCGAGCGGCUGCGCCGGUGCGGGGGGUAGAAUUGAACUUCAAAAAUGAGCCGCGGCGACGAGCAAGCGACACGCUGCAUGGAGACAAGAGGAAAUGGAAAGCGCGGCUCCUGUACACUAAUUUGACAUGAAUAUUGGAAUGUGCAAAAACGGACGGAAAUCUUUGUUUAGAGCCCUGAUAC